UCAACGCGCGUAGCCUGGGCGUGUGAGUACUGUGUGUGUGUGCGUGCGUCUGCAUCUUCAGGGCCGGCUUGUCCAAGCCGGUGCGUGCUCGUGUCUUGUUCUAGCGGGCACAUUCACGACUCGUCCGUCUAAGCUUCUUAUCGCCGAGCGAAUAUAUAUUGUAAUUUCGAAACUCGAAAUUGGAAACUUUUUUUUUGCUGCCGGUGCAAAGUCCCUGGGACUGUGAAAAUCGUGCGCAGAGGGGAAAGCAGUGGCGAAGAGGUCAGAGGGGGAGUGUGAGAUUUAAAAAAAAAUCCGAAUUGGGAAUCUCAGAAAAUGCCAGAGUAACGCCGUCUGAUGACUCAAAGCGCCGCAGCCAAUACGCAGAAGAAAUAAUCUGUCAGAGAGUUCACUUCACUCCAUCUCGAUGGCCCAGGGCUUGAUGUUUUAGCAUUUAAAUCAGAGGGCAUCACUCAUCUGUAAAAGAAAAAAAAGCAUCUGAAAUUCGAGCACAACUGCGGCUGGAUCCAGGAGGUCAUUUGCCGGUCACUCACCGCGCGCCCAGCUGCGUCCUUGCAACGAUGAGCUGUCCAACCAAGUGCAAGAAGCAGAUCGGAGUAAUCAUGAGACAGUGCCUAAAGAUCAUCACCGGGGCAAAGGAAGAGAGCACGGAGGACGACCUGGAGCUGUCCCCCGUGUGCCACCGUCCGGAGGGGCUCGAUAUCUUGCAGGAGCAGACCAAGUUCAACCGCAAGGAGCUGCAGAUCCUCUACCGCGGCUUCAAGAACGAAUGCCCCACGGGCCUCGUGGACGAGGAGAUGUUCAAACAAAUCUACGCACAGUUCUUCCCGCAAGGAGACGCCAGCACCUACGCGCACUAUCUCUUCAAUGCCUUCGACAAGGAUCACAGCGGAUCGCUCAACUUCGAGGACUUUGUGACCGGGCUGUCGAUACUGCUGCGUGGCACACUGAACGACAAGCUCACCUGGGCGUUUAACCUGUACGACAUCAACAAGGACGGCUACAUCACCAAGGAGGAAAUGAACGGCAUCAUAAAAUCCAUCUACGACAUGAUGGGCCGGGGCACGUACUCUACGGUGCCAAUGAGCGCCCCCGAGGAGCACGUUGACAAAUUCUUCCAGAAGAUGGAUCAAAACAAGGAUGGGGUUGUGUCAAUAGAAGAAUUCAUGCAGGCCUGCAAAAAUGAUGAAAACAUCAUGCGCUCAAUGGCCGUCUUCCAGAACCUGCAGAUAUCAUGAGGCGUCGCCGGAGAAGUGAACGCCGUGGCUCCCCCGUGCAGCCUCACGGCGGCGGCGGCACAUUCACACGUUUUUUUAUUUAAAACCUGAACAGGUUUCUUACGCUUUGCAAAAAAAAGGCAGGCGGGUGCGCGACACGUGCAUGCAUGCCGUGUUUUGCUAACGGACGGAAGAAUUUGGUGGCGAGGGAAAGGAGGGGGGGGGGGGCAUUUUCCUGCAAGCGCGCGGAUCGGGCCUUUCCUUGAGACGCCGCUUUUGGCGGAGGUGUUGGUCAUCUGGGACCAAACCGUCUGGUCGUUGGUCGGCCGUAAACGCAAAGAAAGGGAAGUGCGCUGGUUGAAAUUUCGAAUUAGCGGGCGGUUUGUAUCGUGACGUUCACGCGUACGUAACACUGCCAUUUUUAGCACUGGUACCCGCUUGCACGAUUUAUCAAACUCGCUCACAUGUUCGCAAGGAAGUCACGUAGGUCCUGCCCAAGUGCGAUCGGGGUCUAUGCGUCAGUCGGAGGAUGCUCGUGACACGCGGUCUGCCGACAUUACGAGUCGUGCCCCCACACCCCCCGCCACCCCCAGCUGUCGCUAUGCCUUAUCCAUGCCACACCGUGACAUUAUCUCUGUCAGUAUGAAAACAAAACAUUAUAUUUUGUGGCAGCAGCUGGGCUCCUGCCAAAAAACGUCUCUUCAUCGCGAGCUUUCGCCAGCCAACCAGCCGGGCGCACACGCACAGCCCCAUCAUCUGGAUCGAGACGCUUUGAGCGAAGACGCUCGGUGACAAUUAAGACCUUCACGAGACUGCGAGCAAAGCCACCUUGCCCCCUGCCUGUCUCGCGCCCGCGACGUCGUGUCGCGGUUGACGAUGAGUUGGUGUGGAUGUGGGGUGGGUGGGUGGAGGGCUCUUUCUUUGGAGUCUAUGUCGGUUGUGGAGAAUAAGCGGCUGUGUUUGUGGAGUUUGGAUAUUUCUAAAACGAGUGGCAUUUGUCUAAAAGCAGUCUGUUGGUGAAAAAAAUGAGUAAAUAAGUGAGCUUUUAUUGGACUUGUGGGUAGUCUGCCAAAACACCAUUUCUAUUUUAUAUUAGAAGUCUAAACUUAUUAACCACCUCUAAAACAGAAAAUAUCACCAAAUAUACAUUCUGUACGUGCCAAAAACACUAUACUGGAUUAGAUUUGUUCUGGAUGUUCUAGCCUCCAUAUACGGGAUUAUUUAUCCCCUCAGAAUGUCUAACAUGUAUGUAUGGAAUUUGAAUUAGGUUACCAAAUAUUCAAAGCUAGAACAUCGAUAUAAUUGGCAUGUAACAAACUGAAAUUUAUACUUUUUGAGAGAGAACAAAAACUAAGAGACACGAUAUACAUGUGCAAGAAAGUACUUAAAUUAAAUAUAUACUGUGUUAUUGACAGGUACAACGCGUACUAAGCAAAACACAGCACUGAACAACAUUACAAGUUUAAAAUACAUUUACGACAUCCAAAAAGUAGAUGAUCCAUUUUUAGACACCCUACUCAUUUAUAACUCCCAUCUUCUCAACAGCUGAUUGAAUACUGUGAAAGCGACGGCUCCGUAUCUUACCGAGAAGAGUUGUUAAAAUAUUUCAUAAGUUCAUUAUUGAGAAUGGUGGGAGAUGUUUCGAGGCUUUAAAAUAAAAAUAAAUUCUCGAAACGUAGAUGUAUCAAUUAUCUCAGUUGGGUAACUAAAAAUGGAUCACCCCGUAAAUUACUUGAGGGGCCUAAAUAAGCUUUGAUAUUUACUCGGCUGUUUGUUUUUGUCUCAAGAAGGGUAAUGCCGACGUUAUGGCUUAUCUUGGUUUGCUUACCCCUGGUAACUGACAAAUGGUACGGAUGAAGUAGGGUUAGCAUCAUAUCAACACCAUCCUUAGAGCAGUGUAAAGUAAAGUCCAGCAAACAUUGCUUUUUCUUAAAAUAAAAAUGUACAAUUGUGAAAUCAAACCAGAAAUGCAGCUGGAAAAUUAUCACCUUACUUGAGGUCACCACCAAAAACCCUGUUGCCCAAUGCAUACGCAUUGCAGUGAAGCUAGAUUUGACAGUGCUUUGUCAAUACGCUGUUUAAUGAAGGGCUGCUCACACCGUGUCUGUCAUGGCAGUUGUUCAACCAUACUUCACCACGCUGGUAAGCAUAGGUUGGUGAAGGUAUCAGAACCAAGACCUGUUCAGUUAUCACUCGGGCACUGAUGUUAGCCAUGGCCACGAAUGAAAGUAAUGCUACCGGGUCCAUCGUAGUGACAGCGAACCGCGAGUUUAAUUCCUUGCCACGGCGAAUAUUCGUGGCAAAUGAGAUCUGAAACGAUUCUUUGCCACGUCUCUCCUUCAACUCAAGCAUCCAGCACGGUGAAAUAUGGUCCAACAAUUCACAGCGUUGGGGGUGACCUUCAUCCAACAGUAGAUUCACGAAGUGUUGUAAGUUGUCGUACAUGUAUUAACGCACAGCGUAAGGCACAUGCAAUUGCAACAUUGCUUAACGUGUUAGUAUUAAGAGCACACCGUAGAAUACUCGGUGUACAAUUACUAAGUCCGCGCAAUCAGCUCGUGGAGCAAUGAUAAGUUAGCAGUCACAGGCCGUAGAGGUCCACAUUCACUCAGCACAUUUACAUGAAGCCGAGUGGCGUUAGACUUACACCAAUAAUAUAUAACGUAGACCUGCAAUUACGACGGCUGUCGUGCAGCUCUAUUUCUUUUCAAAUAGAUUCAGAUGGUAUUUUAAACUUUAAGAUGUGAAAUGUUGAUUUGUAGAUGAACACACGUGAUAGACCGCACAAUAUUCCGAGUAUUCUUAGGUUUUUUCGGUGAAGUCACGUAGGUAAAACAUUAAAAUUAAUAAAAGUAAAAUAAAAUAAAAAUCACGACGUUUCGGAGGCAACGCAAGCUUCCGUCUUCAAGUGGAACCGUCACAGCCACGACAGCUGUAUCAAGCUUGAUUGCAUCGUUAUGAAAGGGGUUCCAGGAAUGUACAAAAUAAUGAUUUUUAUUUUAUUUUACUUUUAUUAAUUUUAAUGUUUUACCUACGUGACUUUACCGAAAAAAACCUAAGAAUAUGAAUCCUUGCAGUCACGAAAGCUUCAAAUCUAUAAUAUUCCGAGUCUUACAGCCAAUGCAUCGCAAUCUAAUUUAUAAUAAUCUACGUCUCGAGCUUUCUGGCUGGCUGCUGGCUGGGCUCCUCUCCACCUCAACAAUAAUUCGAUUGUUAGUGGCUAUGGGUCGUUGCCACGGAAGAUAGCUGGGUAACUGGCUACACGUGAUUUCCGUCUAACAAAUACACAUUGAAUUGCAUUGGAAUGCAAUUCAAUGAGUUAAUGAUGACGUCACCCUGCUGCUGCUCUAUAUAAGAACGGGAGACACAGCAGAGCCUCACCAUUCUGGCGAAUUGCCCGAUGAUGCUGGAUGCAAUUACCAGCGAAACGUCGUACUCAAAUUGUAAAUGUUGUGGAUUCACUCUUCAACACACCGGUGGGCUAGAGCAGUGAACUAAUUGUCUUUUGUCAACGUGACACUUUUUUACUGAUUGGCCGUGUCGGGUGGUGGAGGGUUACGACACAUUCAUAAAUAACGCGAUCUAAACCCAAAAACGUUGAUUAUGCAUUGGAAUGUCGAAAGUAUAGAAGAUAUUUAAUAGAUAGCAACGCAGAACAGGUGGGAGUCAUGAAUACAAAAUGCUGACACGGUUCCUUUAAAAUUACUGUAACUUUUACAUUUGUAAUGGUUUUACCCGGAUAUUCUGUCAAUCCUAGAAACUAUUUUUUUAAACCUCACAACACAUAUUAUCUUGACAUUUAACAGCGUAAAAAAACAUUAUUUUCAGUGUCCGAGUACAGGAGGAUCGUGGAAAGAGGAUGACAAUGAUAGCCGUCUCUUACUUUCCAUUGCAGAGCAACGGGUUGCCUAUUCGUCAAAAUAACAGGAACAGGGUUGAAAAUGACAAAAAUGUGCCCUAACAAUAAUGUACUGGCAUUUCACCUUCACAGCUCCUGUGUGGUAGUUUUAGUAAAGAUAGUAAAGAUAGUAAUUCUCAUAAUCAGUGGAACUUCCUGUGCCAUUAUUUGCAAGUCUCAACGUGAUGUGCAAUGUUUAAUUAAUUUAAGAGUGAGACAAUUGCUGGUUGGUCACAUUGUGAUAUGGGCCUUUGAGUGGCUCUGGCUGCUUUAUUCCCACAUGCAUAUCUGCACAACAAAACAUCAACGGAGUCUUUCCUUUCCAAAAGUAUGCCAGCAACACGCUCCGGUGGCUACAUGUUCAUUUUUUUUUAUAAACUCACAUAGCAGUAGACACGAACGUGACGCGAGUAAGGCAGAAGUGCUGUUCUACUUUGCUGUCGUUUUACGAAUUGUCUGAAUACAUGCAUACACUGGCUGUAAUUUGCACUGUUCAAAUGGUUAUCAUGAUAGAUAUAUUUGAAAACAAAUAAACAUAACAACUUGA